AUGUACCAUAACAUCCACACUCAAGCUGGUGAAAAUCCAGAGCUUCGCACACUUUUCUUCCGCUUGGCCCAUCUUCUUCGUUAUCCAAUCACCGUCAUAUUUGUUUUUGAUGGUCCCGAGAGGCCUGAUUACAAGCGCCGUAUGGUGGUCAAGAAAAAGGAGCAUUGGGUCAUCAAACACUUCUCUGAGAUCAUUCAAGACUUUCGCUACAAAUUUCACCAAGCCCCAGGCGAGGCAGAAGCGGAACUAGCCGCUUUCGAAAGACAUGGCAUCAUCGACUUUGCCAUCACAUCGGAUAGCGAUUAUUUUCUUUUUGGUGGAACAAGGCUUAUUCGAAGUCUCCACAUGAAGAAGCAGGGCGAUGAUGAUGCCGAGAUCUACACAACAAAAGAUUCCGCGAAAACGGAGGGUCAAAACCAUUUAAGCCGGGCUGGUUUCUUGUUGAUUGCUGUAUUGAAUGGUGCGGAUUAUGAUACUGCUGGCCUGCCAGGAUGUGGCAUUGUCACUGCAACCAAGCUAGCAUCCACGGCUUUAGCCACAGAUUUGCUCGCAGCUGCGGAAGCCAUGACCGAAACACAGCUUGAGGUUUACCUUAAAAAAUGGCGACAUCAGCUACAGAAGGUCUUGGCCACCAAUCCCCGUCAUAACCUUCCGAGUCACUGCACCACAUUGGCGACAAAGGUCCCUGAGAACUUUCCUGAUCCCCACAUUGUUUACCUUUACGCUAAUCCUGUCACAUCCUGGUCUCGCGGAGGGAUCGGCCCUAACCUUGGUGACCUUUCGCCUCAGUUCCCUGAUACAGAAAAGCUCGCCUUUCAUUGCGAGCGUCUGUUUGGAUGGGGAACAGCCAUCAUUGACAAGUUUUACAGCCAUGUCUGGCCCGGCUACUGCAUCCGCACCUUUUCACAGCUUCAUAAUUUCUCGGGUGAGAAGUCAGUGCUUUCACCGUCGUCUAUCCGCCACGUUUGUAAACAGGACACAAAAUUCAAGUCGGAAUCAGCUUUCGAGUCCUACCUUGUCGAAGUAUGGUUGCCGCCACUACCUAUCGCUGCCCUGAGCGGUGCCAGGCAAGCGCUUGAAGACGAAAAUGCCUUGGUGAAAGGAGGCUCAAUUAUCAGCAUCAAUGUUUGGGUACCGGGGCCGAUCCUUCACAGCGCAGUUCCAGCCGUCGUUGACAAAUUUCUACGUGAGGCACCCCCAAGAAACAAGAAAGCCAACAUUCACACUGCUCCAUACAAACCGGUAUAUGUUGAUUCUCUCUUUUAUGGCCCCUCCCCAUUUGUCUUCUUUUUGCAGAUAUUGCCGAGUAGUAUCAGUGUACAGCCAGUCAUGGAAAUAGGAAGUACCUCUAGUACCACGGCGCAAAGUAACGACCAAGCACAAGCUUCAACCAGCCACUCGGCUGCAAGACAACCACACGAAAUCAUCGAGAUUGACUCUGCCGACGAAGACAAUGAAGAUUACAACUAUUAUCGCCACAGCCGCUCAAACGGAAGAGGUUCAACAACUACCUUUCUCGCCUUACCCACUUCACCCAUAGAGCUCACUGAUGCCGACGAGAGCAAUGCUAUGAGCAUCAGUUGCUCUGACGAAGAGCUGAUUCUUCCCCCUGGUGUUGCGGGGACUCAUGUCGAUCUCACUCUUUCAAGCGGGGAGGAGUAA